AUGGAGAACGAGUUUCACCUGCACAAUUGUCUCAAACACCAGAUGAAAACUGUAAAAAUGGAGGUUGUAAUGACAUUGAUAUUCAGAAAUCCAUCUCACAUGACGAAGAGGAAUCCAUAGUCGACGACACUGAUGCUGAUCAAUCAUAUCAUCAAGAAGCAAACGAGAGUAUGUCAUCUUCUAACGAGGAACAAACUGCCAUUGAAGAGCAAACAAGAGGGAAGCGUUGGAGAACAUCUCGUCCUAUGAUGUGGAAAGUUAAUAAGGCCAAAGAAAUGCGUGCCCAGUGCAUGCCUUAUGUAACAAAGAGAGGGGGAAUGGAUGGCAAGGCCCCAAAGCCUAUUGAUUGCAGCUCCUGCCGGUUUAAGUGUCAAAAGAAUUUCAGUGAAGACGACAGGAAAUAUAUCUGCAAGUCCUACUGGUCACUAAGAGAUUAUGGUAGGCAAAAAGAUUUCAUAUUGAAACAUAUUGUGAGCACAUUGCCUAAACGCCGUAAAGUGGAUGAGUCCAGUCCAAGUGCACGUAUCUUAUCAAAACAAUACUCCUUAUCAAAUAAAGAUGGUACUCAUAGAGUUUGUGCUAAAUUUUUCGAAAAAACUCUCAAUAUAUGUUGGAGAAAUUUGUAUUUUGCCGCCUACUUGGAGUAG